AUGUCCACCUUCCCUGCCGAGCCUCGUAGCGACAUUGAAUGGGAAAAAGUCGGGGUCUCCUUCUUAGACGUAAACGGCCAUGUCGAAAGCGACUUCAACUACCGGACAGGAACCUGGUCCGAUCCCGUCUUCGUGCAAGACCAUUAUCUCAAAGUCCACGGCCUAGCACCAGGACUGAACUACGGACAGCAGGUGUUUGAAGGGAUGAAAGCCUACCGCGACCCCAACGGCCAGAUCCAAAUCUUCCGGCCCACCGACCAUGCACUCCGCAUGCAGCGCUCCUGCGACGCCGUUUCCAUUCCCUCCAUCCCGGAGUCCCUCUUUUGGAUCUCCGUCAAUCUCGCCGUCGCCAAGAAUAGCGAGUUCGUGCCCCCGCACGCCAGCGAAGCAGCCAUGUACAUCCGGCCGCUCGCCUUCGGCUCUGGCGGCUGGAUGCCCGUUGCCGCGGGGCCACAAUACAAGUUCGUCGUUUACGCUCUGCCCUUCUGUGCAUACCAUGGCACUUUACCCGUUGAUGCGGUGGUGCUGGAGGAGCUGGACCGCGCGGCGCCGCUGGGCGUCGGCAACGUCAAGGUAGGCGGCAAUUAUGCGCCGGUGCUGAAGUGGAGUGAUAAGGCGAGGAAGGAGGGGUUUGGGAUUACGCUGCACUUGGAUAGUAAGACCCGGAGCGAGAUUGAUGAGUUCAGUACGUCGGGGUUUGUGGGGAUUAAGUAUACCGGAGCUGGAGGUGAGAGGAAGGGGUACACGCUGGUUGUGCCGAAUAGCCAGUGUGUUAUCAAGAGUGUGACGAGUACUAGUGUCGUGGAUGUGGCGAGGUCUUUGGGUUGGAGGGUUGAGGUGAGGCCGAUCCCGUACGACGAGCUGGAAUUCUUUGAUGAGGUGCUUGCCGUCGGUACGGCUGCCAUGAUCACCUCCAUCCGCUCUAUCACGCAUCGUACCAAGGAUCAGGUGUUCAGGUAUAUAACUAGCGAUGAGCCUGGCAGUGCCUGCGAGAAGUUGUCGACGCACUUGAAGGGUAUCCAGAAGGGUGACGAGAAGGAUUCGUUUGGCUGGUUGAAGAGGGUUGAGGAGGUGACUGUCUAG